AUGCCCAGCCUGCAGCUGCUGAACCUGGGCAGUGACAGCAUCGGUGAAGAGGGCGCGCAGGCCCUGGCGGGGGCCCUGCCCUCCCUACCUGGCCUGCAGGAGCUGAACCUGGGUCCUGAGCUGUACAUCAACAGCAUCUUCGCCGAGGGCGCACAGGCCCUGGCGGGGGCGCUGCCCUCCUUGCCAGGCCUGAAAAUGUUGAGCCUUGACGGCCACAGCAUCGGCGCCGAGGGUGCGCAGGCCCUGGCGGGGGCGCUGCCCUCACUGCCCAGCCUGCAGGAGCUGGACCUGGGAAACAACCGCAUCGGCGCCGAGGGCGCGCAGGCCUCAGCGGGGGCGCUGCCCUCCAUGCCUGGCCUGCAGGUGCUGAACCUGUACAUCAACAGCAUCGGCGCCGAGGGCGCCCAGGCCCUGGCGCGGUUGCUGCCCUCCAUGCCCAGCCCGCAGGAGCUGGACCUGGGAAACAACAGCACCGGCGCCGAGGGCUCACAGGCCCCGGCGGAGGCACUGCCCUCCAUGCCCGGCAUGCAGGUGCUAAGCCUGCACAACAACAGCAUCGGCGCCGAGAGCGCGCAGGCCCUGGCUGGGGCGCUGCCCGCCCUGCCGGGCCUGCAGGUGCUGAACCUGUACAUCAACGGCGUCGGCAGGGACGGAAAGGCGGCGCUGCGGGCCGCCUGGGGCAGUCGUGGCGAUGCUUUGAGACUCUGAGCUGAGAGCGCCUGCCCAAAUUGGCACCGAGGAGUGGC